CCCGAUUGAUUUUUUUAUUCCAUACGCUCUUACACCGGCUUCGACAAAAACACCGAAACGACAGCGACUUUUAUAAAUAAAACCUUCAUUUGAGACGUUCAAAAAUAAAUAACCCAUUUAUAAUGUGCCAGUGAAGUUUGUGUUACCGUAAUUUCGAAAAUAGAUGGCAGGUAGAAGGCAUGAAGUGAAUUGAACGCACACAUAGCAUAACCGUUGUCAAGAUGGCCUGCCUUCCCUUCCCGAGCCAGGAGUAUGUGCCCGUCGCCGAGUUUUACGCCGAGAAGUCUAUAUUUGUCACGGGGGGCACGGGAUUCAUGGGAAAGGUGUUAGUCGAGAAAUUGUUGCGAAGCUGUCCUAAAAUAAAGAACAUAUAUUUGUUGAUGAGGCCUAAACGGGGUCAGGAUGUGGCGUCACGGCUUAGCGAACUUACACAGUCACCGUUAUUCGAGACAUUAAGAAGAGAGAGACCGCAGGAGUUGACCAAAAUAGUUCCGAUAGUGGGAGACAUUACGGAGCCGGAGUUGGGCAUCAGUGCUGCCGAUCAAACCAUGCUGUGUCAAAAGGUUUCAAUAGUUUUCCAUUCAGCUGCAACUGUCAAGUUUGAUGAGAAACUGAAGCUGUCGGUAACCAUCAACAUGCUGGGAACUCAACAGUUGGUUCAACUGUGUCAUCGUAUGCUAGCUUUGGAAGCCCUAGUACACGUUUCCACAGCGUACUGCAACUGCGAGCGCGAAGCGGUCGAGGAGACAGUGUACGCGCCUCCAGCGCACCCGGAACACGUCGUCACGCUGGUGCAGACGCUGCCAGAUGAGCUGGUCGAUAGGAUCACGCCGGAUCUAGUCGGUGACAGACCAAAUACAUAUACAUUUACCAAAGCUUUGGCGGAAGACAUGCUUAUCAAGGAAUGCGGGAAUCUGCCGGUUGCCAUCGUCAGACCUUCGAUUGUGCUGUCGUCUGUCAAAGAGCCAGUAAAAGGAUGGGUGGACAACUGGAAUGGUCCCAACGGAAUAAUUGCGGCGGUCGGAAAGGGUGUCUUCAGGUCCAUGUUGGGCACUGGGAACAAGGUGGCAGACCUAGUUCCAGUUGAUACUGUGAUUAAUCUGAUGAUAGUCUGCGCUUGGAGGACGCAUUUGAGACGUGGCGAAGGGGUAGUGGUAUAUAAUUGUUGUACCGGACAACAGAACCCCAUCACGUGGCGUCGCUUCGUCAAGACUAGCUUUAAAUAUAUGAGAAAACAUCCUUUUAGUGGCCUAGUAUGGUACCCUGGAGGAGACAUCACGAACAACCGUCUCAAACAUCGGAUUCUAAUGUUACUUCAGCAUCGGGCACCGGCAGCUCUCUUUGAUAUCCUCACUGCUAUCACGGGCAAUAAACCUUCAAUGAUGCGCGUUCAAAGCAAAUUAGAAAAGGCCUCGUCCUGCUUAGAGUAUUUCACGACGCGGCAGUGGGCGUUCAGCGACGACAACGUGAAGGCCCUCUGCACCUAUCUCUCGCCACAGGAUAGAACCACUUUCGACUUCGACGUCAGCAAGAUCGACUGGGACGCGUAUAUCGAGUCGUACGUUUUGGGGAUCCGGAGGUUUCUCUUCAAGGAGAGCCCCGAAACGUUGCCAAAGUCGCGAGCUAUUUUAUGGCGGUUACACAUAGUUCAUACUUUAACCAAAGUGGCGACAGUUUUCAUCCUUUGGCGAUUUUUGUUCAGUCGCUCGAAUGCUCUACGGACGCUUUGGCAUCGAAUCUGGGACUUAUUAUCUAGAAUUGCUCGCCUCCUACCGAUCGCCUGAUGCUUAAUAUAAUAUUAUUAGGGGCUUCUGCAUUCUAAUCGAUUUUGUUUCACGCUAUUUCCACGGUUAGCUCAGGAGAUGGCGCCGCUUAGUCUGUGCGACUUUUGACAUUGACGACUUGACAGGUUAUUACAUUUAUGUUGACGUCGGCAUUUAUGUCUGCGAAUGACCUGUUAUUAUAGAAUUUGUUACCGAUUUAACUGCCACUUUGAUUUCCUGAAAUCUAAAUAGAAUUUAUGAAUUUACUAAUUUUCUAACUUAAUUGACAAGAAAAAAGGUUGAAAGUCGCACGGUAUCUUUCUCUUCCCAGCUAAGCCUUUAAUUCGUUACCUUAUUGUUACAAUGUAACGUUAAUUAAUAUAUUUUGUAACAACACUCGCGUCCGUCUUAUUUGAGAUGAUCAUAAAACGUAAUUUCUAAUUAAAAAAUUAAUGAUCGAAACGAAAUUUAGAAAACCUGUUCACAGUAAAUAUGUUUUAUCAAUAUAUUAUCUGAAUUUAAGUCAACUUAAUAAAAGGCAUUUGUGAUCUUCCCAAGUUUUUCGCGCGCGAGUAUAUAUCAGCUCAAUACGUAAUCAAUUAAUGGUGAAUUAGUUCAAAACUGUUAUUAAUAUAUGUAUUGUAUAUGUACAAUAGUAAAAAUUAACAAUCCAAUACACCUGUAAGUUCUCGAAAUGUUCUUAAGAUCCGUUAAAAUCUGUGGGUAUUUUUCAUAAGAUGUCAGUUUUUAGGUAAAGGAACGUAAAAUGUAAUGUCAAAUGUCCUGCGGGGUUAUUCUCGGCAAUUGAAAGCUUUCCACGCGGAAAGUGUCAGCUGUCAUAUUCCGUACCAUGUUUGUCUUUUGCCCUUUCCGUUCGGAAUUCGUUUCAUUGUGUUGAAUAAUUUUCCGUGUCGUACGGGCACCAUUUUGACUUGGCGGCGCAGAAUCUUAACUAUUGAAAUUGCUCUUUGCCUAACUGCUAACUGAGAUCUUUCCAAGCUGUCAUGUCAAACUAUCUUGAUAUUUCAUUUGUCCGGUUUCAUAUGUUACUGACAGUGUGUUCUAUACUUAUCUAAUUUAAUCAAGUCAAUAAUUGGUUAGGCGUCGUUUUUAUUAAUUCAAAAAUUUGUGUUUACGCGGUGAUUAAAGGAGAUAGAUGAUUUUCUGUUAUUAGAUUGAUUUAGUUUUUAUGGCCGUGAUUGAAGGUAGACUUUAACACAAAUAAAUUUUAAUGCGCCUAUUGGAUACAGACCGUAGUUAUUAUUUUCUUGCGCAAUACUACUACCGAUCCGAACAUACUGUCAGUAAAAUAUUGGGAAUAGCAAUAGUUUUGACUUUGGAAUAGCUUGAGAGGUUUAAAUUUAAAGUUGUUAGUGAAUUUUUUUAUGUGCUAGACUCGUAGGGAAAUUAGGAAAUUUUUUGAUAUUGAUCUAGAAACUAUUGAAUGCUUUUCUUACCUUGUUGAAUGAAAUUGACCUUUGACAGUAACUUUAACCCGUCAACUGUCAAAUAUUGAGUGACUGGCUUACAAAUUGGCCAUCGAUAACCAUAAGCUCAAAGUUAGUGACACAAAAUUAAAAAUGUACCUAAAAUUAAGAAAUUUGCAAAUGUGAGUUUGCAAUGAAAAUUAAAAAUUUUAAGUUUUGAAAUAUUGCUUAGUUGAUAUGUAGGAGUUCAACUUUCAAUGUUUCCAAAUGAAAAGUGACAUGGGGCCAUAGACAAGAAUGAAGUGGCUAAUGCUUGGUCAAGUAGCGAGGCGUUACUGGUUCACUCCCGUCGCAAAGUAUCUUUGUCUACGGCCACCAAGGCGUGUGUGUGAUGUAAUGACAUUGUGGUGUUUAAAAAUAUUAAGUAUAAAAAUCUUCCCUUUUUCUAUAUGGUGCCCAAUUUUCUGCUUCCAAAGAUUUAUGUUAAUGACGAAUUUCUAGAUUAGAAAGUGACGCUUUAUAAUAUUAUGUUAUUUUAAAACUUGGGAUAAUGAAUAAUGUUUAGAAAUGUCUUAUUUUGUCCUGCCUACAACAAACUUCCAUUACCCUACCAUCGGGACGCAAUGUUUUGGUGUUGUGAACUGGAUUUUAUAUCUUUUUAUUUAAUACAACUUACAAAACUUUAAAUUUGAAUGAUGGACAAAGUAAGGCUGGAUUAAGAAUUAUUUUAUUGUGAUAACGCUCAUCCAAUGUUUUGUCUCGUUCUACGGAUAUGUAAAGGAUAAAGACAAGACACCAUAAUGCGAACUCUUCGCUUUGCAAGCGUUAUUGUGAUGUCCGCUAGUGUGUUAAAUAUUUUUAUCUCUUUCUAACUGUUAAAGUACGUCAGAGAUGGAACUAUUUGAAAUGAUGCUAGUUUUCCCAUUAUAUGAAAUCAUGGUUUUAGACAAUUGUGCCACAUUUCGGGCUGAUUCGGCUUAGCCACCGGGUCAGUUUACAGCACUACAUUUAUCUAGUCUUUAUUCAAAUCUUUUUCGUGAUUUUCCAAAGAAUGUUGAUAUUUCUUUUAGAUUGGACAUAACUUAAGAACUCAAUCUGUACUAAAAUGUAAAUCUUAUUCAAUUAUUUCUAUCAUUCAGCAAUUUUUAUCGAUAUAAACAUCGUUUAGUCAAAACUCUCAUUAACACAAAGACUGAAAGACUCUGAAUGUUAUGAUUAACAAAAUUAAUUUUAUCACCCAUGUAAAUUCGUUGUAGGAACUUGGUCCUUGGUUUAUGUAAUAUUUUAGAACUCCCGAAUGACAACCAAAAUAAUUUAUUUUCACAUUGACAGUGUAUAAAAUACCCACGCAAUAUGAAGUAAGUUGUACUGUUAAGUAAUGCCUAAGUUUAUACAAAAUGUUGAUUAGCAUUUUUUCUUAAUGAUAAGUCUAUCGCGAUAGCUUUCGAUUCGUCACAGUUCGAUUAGAAUCGGUUUUUAGUAUCGAUUGCUCCGUUUGCACUCAAAUUUGAUGCUGCCAGUAGUAUCGGUUAAAGAUCGACAUUAGGAAGACGAUUCCUUAACCAGUGUUAAAUAAUUUUAAGUUAACUUUGCGAGUAUGGAGUCGAUACGAUUUUAAUCGAGUCUCAAUGAUUUUUCGCUGACUUAUUUAUUGUAGAUAGUAAUAAAGCUUCGUAUUCAUUAGGUGACAUUUUGAUGGUGCGACAUGGCAGCCAUUUUGUUGUUCAAACAAUCGUGUUAAAGGCGGGUAUUGUAAUAUUACAAUUAACACCUGUAAGCUUACAGCGCAACUUUAAUAGCGAUUUCGAUUGAGUUCUCGUACCUACGACGCAAUUCCAAGUGUGCAAAAUUAGCGCUACGGAUAUUGAAAGUCUUCUUAUUGAAGUUACAUAGUAAGAUUGCUGGUAUUAAUACUUUUCAACGCUUCUGAGAUUUCCGAUGCAUAUCGGUGCAACACGUUUAAAAAUGAGCACUGUGACACAUCAGCUACGAAACGCCAACUAAGCAUUUUAAUAAGGAACUAUCACCUUUCAUAUUUGCGGUCUAGAUGGUCUAAGUCCACAGAAUAUAAAAAUGAAGGUCGAAUAACGUCUACGUCGAGUGUCAUUAAAUAAUGAAUUUUAUUUGUCUGUGGUCUGAAACUGAUAUAAGAUGCUUUUUUCGCUAGACAGGCUGUCGCUACAUGAGUUAAAUGUACAAUAAUGAAUACAUUGCUUAGAAUAAAUCAUUUUUGCGUAGGGCAAUGAGCUAGAGUGAUAUUUGAUUCCUAAACGGAAGUGAGUUAUAACGAUGAUUUGUUUUCUUACUGUAAGUAUAUAUAUGUACAUUUUGAACUUCCCUUACUUUAUUGUAAUAUUUUGCGUUGAAUUGUAUUUAUUUGAACAUUUUAAUUCGGCGGUAUAUAAUUGUGUAUAUAGAAUUUAGUUAUAGUUAAAUCCAAAUAUAUAAAUAUGCAAAAAUUACAUUUAUUUUUUGGCUGUAGAGUGUGUAUCGAGAUAGUGAUUAAUGAAUGCCACUUUAACGAACGUUCAGUUUACAAACUGUUAUAUAUAAAUUUCCGUUUUCUGAAUACACCUUACAUUCAAAACCCUAACUUGUAAUUGCUGGAACAAAAGCGUUGUCAAUAGACAAAACUUCUAAGCAUUAAGAACUUGACUAGUCGUUUAUUUAAAAAAAAGUAAUAAACAAUUUACUUAUAGCCCGAAAUGAUUUAUUUCUUACAAUUCUUUAUAUGGAUAUGUUGUGUGUAUCGUACAGCUAAAAUUUAUCGCAUAAAUGACUUCUGUUAAGUGGCAUACAUUAAAUCGUAUGAGUGCUUUAAAAUAAUUUCGCUUAGCAACGGUUAUUGUAAAUCCGUAUCUUCGUGGAAAGUUAGUGCUGGUCUAUAAAUCGCUCAAUGUUGGAUUGUCUCUGUCUCGCAGAAGAAUCUACUAAUAAUACAUUUUUUUUAUACGUGAAUAAAUUCAAUAUUUAUAUACAUCUCAUUAUCAGGGCGUUGUGGAAAAUUGAUUUCCGGCAAAUCUUUAUUAUCCCAAUUAAAAACUAUUUAGAUAUCUAAAAUGAACCUUUUUAAAUAGACAAAAAGGACAUAGUUCGGUUUGAGACUCCUUAUACCAUCUGUAAAAGAGGUUCCUUU